CAAAAAGUAAGAAACCAUCGAUGACAAUAUAUCGAUAUUCGAGAGCAUUGUUUUAAUCGAAACAGCGUGUGCUUCCAUCUCUAUGACCAAGAGGUUGUGGAAUUAAGACAAGAAAGAAUAUUAUUAUACAGAUUUAUUACUUAUUUAGCCUACGGCUAGCUUGAAAAUCACUGAAUAACUUCGGUUUGGCGUUGUAAUUUGCUGACAACAAAGGAUUCGCCUAGAAGUUUUCUUAUCCUGAAAUCGUAUUACAAUGGGUUGCGAUGGCGGAACUAUUCCCCGGCGUGAUGAGCUGGUGCGCGUCAAGCAAAAGCCGGAACAGAAAGACAAGGAUGCGGAGCGGGAGUUCCGCUGGCGCCACUGCACGCUGACCCAGCAGCGCCUCCAGGAGCCGAUCGCCAUGUGCGGCAUGGGCAGGCUCUACUCCAAGCAGAGCGUCAUCGAGCGCCUCCUGGAGAAGGAACCGAUGCCGGAGACGGCGGCGCACGUGAAGAGCAUGAAGGACAUCCGCCAGCUGAAUCCCACGCCCAAUCCCGCCUUCUUGGAGGAGGACAAGUCCAAUGGGCUGCUGGACACGCGCCAUGCUCCGUACAUCUGCAAGCUGAUUGGGCUGGAGAUGUCCGGCAAGUUCCGAUUCGUGGCCCUGUGGAGCUGCGGCUGCGUGGUUUCCGAGCGGGCCCUAAAGCAGAUCAAGGGGAGCGCGGCCAGCACUUGUCCGCUGUGCCAGGCUCCCUACAGCGUCGAGGACGUGGUGGUGCUCAAUGGCAGCGACGAGGAUCUGGAGCUGAUGCGGGUCAAGAUGGAAAUGCGGGCAUCCAAGCGCAAGGCCUCCAAGAAGGAAAAGAAGGGGGCCAAGAAGGUGGAGGUCAAAGCUGAGCCCGAAGCGGAGGCCCAGGAGCCAGUGGCAUUGGAGAAGCCCACCAGCAGCUCGAAAGUGAAGGCGGUGGCCCCGAUCAAACGACUCGGCGCCGUGAAUGCCAUGCAGGAUCCCGAGAUGAAGCGACUCAAGAGCGACUUCAGUGUGGCCAAGGAUCCCAAGGCCAGCGACGUCUACAAAUCGCUGUUCACGUCCCACAAGACCGAGAAGGACCAGGAGCGCGCCCACUGGGUCACCUACAAUCCGUUCUACAAUUAGUCUAGCACCUAGAAAUAGUUUAAGUUUGCCGUGUCCCAUCAGUCACUUGGGGACUUGGCCGUAGCUUGAUCCUGUAAACCAGACACACAGUUCAAAAGAAAUACAGUCGACAAUGUAUCGUUCAGCCUA